GGCCUUGGGAGAGUUCGGUGUCCGCCAGCGGCUGCAGCUCCGCCUCCAACUGCCUCUUUCUUUGCUGCGCCACGGCUCCCAGCCUCCGAUCCCGGCCAUGGCCAUGUCCCCGGAGCUGACGGUCAAGGCCUACCUGCUGGGCAAGGAGGAAUCGCACCGUGAGAUCCGCCGUUUCACCCUGGGCCCCCCGGAGCCGCCCGGUGGGCUCGGCUGCUGCGACCAACUACUCCGCCGGUUGGACCAGGUGUUCCCCGCGCUAAGGCCCGGGACCUUCCAGGCCUACUACCGAGACGAAGAUGGGGACAUGAUUGCCUUCUCCAGCGACGAAGAGCUGAAUAUGGCCCUGCCGUACGUUAAGGACAACAUCCUGCGUAUUUACAUCAAAGAGAAGAGGGAAUGUAAGCGGGAGCACCGCCCGCCCUGCAGCCAGGAGCCCCCCCAGAACAUGGUGCACCCCAACGUGACCUGCGAUGGCUGUCAGGGCCCCGUGGUGGGGACCCGAUUCAAGUGCAGCAUCUGCCCGGACUACGAUCUGUGCAGCACCUGUGAGGCCAAGGGGAUCCACAAAGAGCACCACAUGCUCGUAUUUCAAAACCCCUUCCUCUACCCCGCUGAGUGGUUUUCCCGCAGCCGGUGGCUCCGCAAGAUGCGCCAUGGAGGCUUUCCACCCUUUGCGUGGAUGCAGGGCUGUGGCCACGUCCCACCCGCCCCCACCUGCCCGAACGCUGGGCAGGCCCAGGCGAGCGACGCGCCCCCAGACUCAUCGGAGGAACGAGCUUCGACUUCCAAAAGUUCAGCUCAGGAUCCCAACGUUGCCUUCCUCCAGGACGUGGGGGAGAGUGUGGCUGCCAUCCUGAGCCCCCUUGGCAUUGAAGUUGAUAUCGACGUCGAACACGGUGGAAAGAGAAGCCGAGUGAGUCCCCCCUCGCAGCCCAGUUCCCGCUCCAGCUCCGACGCUCAGGGGGGCUCUCAGCCGAGCAGCUGCUCCUCCGAUCAGAACCGGCCCGAGGAGGAGGAGGGUGGCGGCUCUGGAAGUGCCCUGGCGUCUCUCUCGGAGGAGAUGAAGAAGAUCAAGGUGGAGUCUCCCGUGCAGCUGGAGCAGAGCCUGCUGCCUCAAGAACAGGCAGAGUCUGGUAAUUGUUCAGGAGGAGAUGAAGACUGGACCCACUUGUCUUCCAAAGAAGUGGACCCUUCCACAGGAGAACUGCAGUCUCUACAAAUGCCGGAAUCAGAAGAUCCAUAUUCUGUGGACCCGCCUCAAGAAGAAGGACCGACGGGACUGAGAGAAGCGGCCCUCUACCCCCACCUUCCCCCAGAAGCAGAUCCUCACUUGAUCGAAUCGCUCUCCCAGAUGCUCUCCAUGGGCUUCUCCGACGAAGGGGGCUGGCUGACCCGCCUCCUGCAGACCAAGAACUGUGAUAUUGGGGCAGCGCUGGAUGCCAUUCAGUACUCCAAAAACCCACCUCCUCCUUAACGGCGAGGCCAGAGCCCAGCCAGCGUCUGGCCUGUCUGCUGUCCACGCUGAGCAAAUCAUUUAGCUACACCUCGCUAAACUAAAGUCCCCUGCCCACUGGCUCUUACCCAUAUUCAUUUUCCAGGUUCCCGGGGCGAGGGUUUAGUUAAAGCCAUUUUAGACUAGGAGUUUGAUUCCAGGGUGAGGGACCUUUCCCUAGAGAGCUCAGUCUCCCUCUUUCUCAUUUACCUCCCCCUUACUACUCUCCCUCCCACCUCCACCGUCCAGCAUGGAGGCAGCAGAAGUCCAUCAGUAUUCAUCCCACUCUUCUAGAAGCUUUUCUGCUGUUCUGUAAGGGGAUUGACUGGUCACAAACUAAGAAGCACAGUAAUUAUAUUGACCCUAAUACCAUAUGGGACUGUCUUACCCCAUUCAUCCCAUCACUCUUAAGAGCUUGUCCCAAUAAAACUGAGGCUGUGCUUCAAGUGUGUAUACACACAUGUAUGUCUAGGAGUAGCAGACAGGAAAUGACAUACUGAUAGUGGUUUGGGGAAUAUUACAAUGUCCCAUUCAGUAGCAAGCAUAAAUCAGACAGGUUUAAGGAAAAUCCAGGGUGGCAUGAGUGUCUUAAAUGAGACCAGGGGACCCGGGAGAGGGAGAGCUAGUAUUAGUCAUUUUAAGGGACUCUACCAGCUGUGUUUUUAUAUUGCACUUUUAUCCUGACUGGAGACCAUUCAUCACAAAAUUAUAGGAUGAGAAAGGAGCUGGAGUGGUCCAUCUCUGCCUUCAGGCAAGACUGCCCCUAAACCCUCUGGACAUGUUCUCAACCCUGAAAAUAGACAUCCUAAGUCCCUUUUCACCCUGUGCCCCUCGAUGGAACCUUAGUCUAGUUUGCUUAUUGUAUGAGGUUAGAAGCUAGAAAUUCACCAGUCAUCAGAUCCCAGGAAGCUUUGAGGGGUGGCCUUUCUCUUAAUGGGAAAGAACCACAAAGAAACUAGUGUUGCAGCUGAGAAAAGGUGAGCUAAUCUAUUAACCACUUUAAUGCUGUUUUCAGUUAUUAGAUCCGGUGGGGCUAUGUCAGUUGCUAGUGUAAGUCUUUACAUGAUCACCUUUAAAUAUGUUCUGCAAUUAAACCUCUUAAAGCAGCAGCUUUGGACUCAAAUAAAAUAUCUUGCAUCUGACA